UGUUUGACGUUUAUAAUCAAAAUAAACUAUUUUUUAUUUUAAACGCAGUAAAUUGAAUAUAUUAAUUAUGCACAAUUAAUUAAAAGAUGUCUAAAAUAUAUGUAAUAAUUUUACAACAACUCAGGCUGUUUACUUGCUUUACUUAAAGUCACUAAAUGUAUAUGACUGUCUCGUAAGUUUAUCAAACAUUUGUAGUUAAUAAUACAACAAAAUUCAAUACGUACUUCCUAAAAAGGACUUGAAAGGUCUCCAAAUUGUCUAAUUUUAGCAGUAAAAGACAUUCUUAAUGCAACAUGAGGUAGUAAUUUAUUGAACAUACUGUUAAGAAUCAAAAAUCAGCUGCAAGUAAGUAUCUGACUGCACCAAUGGAUUCUACAGAAGAUUCACCAGUAUCUCCAAAGGGGCCCCCUUCUCAACCACCUCCUAGUUUACCACCCCCAUUACCUGAGAGGCCUCCAAAGAAACAUGGUUCUGUAACUAGUCCAAAAAGCCCUGAAGAUUAUAAAGCAGAUAAUGAGAUGAUAGAAUUAGAUGAAGAGACAUCACAGCAGAUGACAACAUCAUACAGUGAGAUCUCCUUCAAGUCAGGAAUGAGUCCUGAAACUGAAGUUUCUUUAUCAUUAACAAUGGAUUCAAUACCAUCUGCUGAUCAUAUUCUGCAAAGACCUAUUUCUUUAGCAUAUGAUACAAAUAAUAUAGGCAAACCGUUACUACCUCUAAACUCUGAAGGGACUGUUCAUGUAGAAGGAAACAUGACCCAUUUUGUUACAGAAGAUUUGGAAUAUAAAAUUAAAAUAUCAAGUCCUGUAUCAAAAUUUUCAGGGAACUCAAAGUCAGGAACUCCAAGCUAUACCCAAAAAGGUCUUUUGAUGACAUCAGUGAGUAGUUUGGAUCCAAAUAUUUUAAAUGAUCUUGAAUUUGAAGCACAGAAAAUUGCCACUUCUGUGGACACACUUACUGAGAAUUUGUGUGGAAUUUUGCACUCUAUAUCGUCAAUAACAGCAGACAAUGUUGAUAUUUAUAAAGAUGCUGUAUCAAAAAUGUCUGAUGCUAUGGACGCAAAUAUUAAGAGUAUGUACACAGUGAUGGCAAAAACGGAAGAAUUGUCACAUUCUAUGAAAUCAGUGCAACAUCUAGCUUCUAGAAUAAAAGAAAUGCGUCGUCUUAUUGAUCUCUUCGAAAGUCUGUAAGAAAAAUUUUGUCUCUGAACA